AUGUCGGAGCAGUCCGAGAAGAAACCGAGCAAACAGAAAAAGAAAAAGUACCCCGUACCGCUGAUACGAUGGACUCCGAACCUCCCCAUCGUCAAAGACGACAACAUCAUAUCCUCGACGGCCCGCGAGAAGAACAACUUCGGCUUCAUGCCCACCUACGAAGUCCACAACCACCCGAUCAACAUGUACUACCUGAUGACCGGCGAGUACCAGCGCAUCUGGCUGACCGAGCGCGACGCCUUCGCCAAGGCGGUGUACUCGGCGCCGGCGCGGCUCUUCGACACCAGCGACAACAACUUCAGGCGCAAGUUCGUCCAGCGGCUGUUCACCUACCGCAAGCCGACCAAGUUCUCCUGCUUGGAGGCGAGGCGGCGCGACUGGAAGCGACUGUCCGCCGACGAGGCGUUCGCCAUACGCAUGCGCGAGACGCGCUUCAAGGUGCCCAAGGAGUGCAACCUCGAGCCGGAGAAGGAGGAGAAGUGCAAGUGCACCUGCGAUGAGAACAAGUCCAAGGAAUGA